AUGGUUGACAGGGAAUUGGCUAUGAAAUUGGCAGAAAGAUUUAAUAAAUUGAGUCUUGAUAUGGAUGAUCCUACAUUAUUCUCUGCUGAAGGAUCACAGGUACAGCAACAAAUUGUUAUCCCAGAACUAUCACCGCCACCACCACCACCGCCACCACCGCCACCGCUACAACAGCAAACACCGCCAUUUGGGGCAAUACCAGAUAGCGAAUGGAUCGAUAUGGAUAAACUUAUUGGACAAACACUUCACAGUCUUGAAGUCACUUCACGUAAAACGCCAAAUAAUGUGUUAUCCUCAAUGGACUAUGCACAAAAGCCAUUAAAAAAACCUUCAGGAUCGAUGAAUGCUGUCGAUACUCUUCUUCAAGUGCAAACGAUUAAUCAUUCUGAUAUCAACGAAACAAAUGAUUCGUCCUCGUUAUCACCAAAGUGCACUGCUCCGAUUAUACCCAUCGUUCAUCACAAAAAUAGUCACGAACAAUCAAAAAAAAUUGUUUCUAAUGAUCCGAUUCUUCAAAAGGAAAGAGACGAAUUGGAAGCAAAAUUGGCAAAACAGAGACAAAAAAAGCCGACGAUACCUAUGGAGGCGGAAAGUGCUGCCCCUUUUACUCUCAUUGGUAUUAAUGCUGCUGAAGAGUCAAGAAUCGCUUCAGGAACAGAGAAAUCCGAGCUUAUUUCGCUUACCAAUCCAUUACCGCCACCAGUUUUACCAAAAAAUACUUCCGCUGAUCUCAAUUUAACAGAAUCACAGUGGAAAGAUUCUCGGAAACCACCUCCAAUUUCAAAAAAACCUACUUCAUCCGUGAGUUUUAUUAAUCUAUCAGUCCAGUAA